AGUGCGACAGUGGGAAGUGACGUUAUUUCCCUUUUUCCGGUCCGCCGGAUUAUGAAUGACGGCUGGCGCGAGUAUUUUCCAGAUAAACUGGCUGUCGUUUUUCUCCUGGCCUCUGUGGAAGCGAGUGGUCUGCAGGCAGCAGCUCCCAGAGGCAGCCUUGGAAUUCCAGCGCGGGCUGGGCGGGAAGGCGCAGGCGGCCCAGGUCGCCGACACGCUCACGCACCCUCCCUGCCUGGCCGCGCCUCUGCGACCAGGUGACCCAAUGAAAGAAGAAAAUGAAAGCCAUAAAGAAAAGUCUUACAGAAGAAGAAUACCUAUACCUGGACUUUUCUCACCAAACAAAAGGAUGCAUCUUUCCUCUUCAUACAUCUGUAACUUUAUUUCUGUUAUCUUACUGUGACUGUAAAAUCUUUAAAAUUUGCUUAGUUGUCACCAAAGAAGUGAGUACAGAUAGUUCACUACUAAGAGAUGAUCUGAUCCAGGAUAUUGAAAUACAGAUUAUUUCAAGGCAGGAGCUCCCACCAAUAGUCCAGAAUUGCUGUUUGCCUGCAGUAGUAGAACGAUCAGACAAUUUUUGUAGAGCAGGACUUGCUGUUGUAUUGAGACACAUAAUCCAGAAAUCCUAUGAAGCAGACCCCUUAAAGAAGGAACUUUUGGAACUUCUGGGCUUUAAAAAGACUUGCUUGAAAGCCUGUGCUGAAGUUAGUCAGUGGACCAGGCUAUGUGAACUCACCAUCCCUUUGGCUAUUGAGAAUUUUCUCAGAGACUCUUCUGACCAGCCCCCAACUAUACCUAUAGAAAUACUACAGCUAGAGAAAAAGCUUAGUGAGCCUGUUAGAGUGCAUAAUGAUGAUAAACUCCGCAGGCAGAAGCUCAAGCAACAGAAGGCUGAUGGAGUUGGGCCUCCCCUUACUAAGGGAAAGGCAAAGAGCAAGGUCCACACACAGGAAACAUCUGAAGAGUUGGAUUCUUCAUUCAAGAGUCUGGAACUGAAAGUGGCAUUCUCAAAGCUCACAGUACAGGAAGAACCAGCUACUACCAACAGAGAGCCUUCUCACAUCAGAAAAGCAAAAGCCUCCGACCUUCCACCUCUGGAGCAUGUGUUUGCAGAAGGGCUUUACUUCACUCUGGCAGAUAUUGUGCUCUUGCCCUGUAUCCAUCAUUUCUUGGUAAUUAUCAGCAGGAAAUUUUCUGAGAAGCUGGUAGAAUUUCCAUUGCUAGCGUCUUGGUACCAGAGGAUUCAGGAAGUGCCAAGAGUAAAAACAGCAGCUUCUAAGUGUGGGAUCCAAUUUCUCCAUUUACCAAAGUUGUUGACAACCUCAACUGAACAGCAUCCAAACUUAAGUGAAGUCCCAGAUGUAGAAGAGCAAAGCGAUCCUUUAUUUAUAGGAGGACCAAGACCAACCAUGGCCAAGUUAAUGGAAAAGGGCAUUGAAGUGAUGUUUUCUCCCCACCCUUGCCCUACUUGGACUCUUGAUUGGAAUGUUCUCCCUGCAGCAGUCAGCCCAAAGGAAGGUAAAAUGUCCAGUGAUCGAGCUUUGAGAAAGCAGCAACAGUUGAACAACCUUGUCUAUGUGGUAACAAAUCAGGCCAAACCUGGUGACAGAAUUGUGGAUUUCUGCAGCGGUGGGGGCCAUGUUGGAAUUGUCCUUGCUCACAUGCUGCCAUCAUGUCAGGUUACAUUAAUAGAAAACAAGGAAUUAUCAUUAAUUCGUGCUAAGAAGAGAAGUGACGAACUGGGUUUAAGCAACAUUUGGUUCAUUCAAGCAAAUAUGGAAUAUUUUACUGGGAUGUUUAAUAUUGGAGUAGCGUUGCAUGCUUGUGGAGUGGCAACAGACAUGGUGAUUGAGCACUGUAUCAAAACACGGGCUUCCUUCGUCACAUGCCCUUGCUGUUAUGGUUUCAUUCAGAACACCUCAAAGUUCAAUUUUCCAAAAAGUGAACAAUUCAAGAAAACUUUAUCAUACAAGGAACACAUGAUUCUGUGCAGAUUUGCAGACCAGACAGCUGUCCAGCUCCCACCCCAACGAAGGCUCAUAGGAAAACAGUGCAUGUGCUUGGUGGAUCUGGAUCGAGCAAGAGCUGCAGAAGAAUGUGGAUACUCCGUUCAAGUGAUAUCCAUGGAGCCAGAGAGCUGCUCUCCCAAAAAUAACAUGAUUGUGGGAGUCCCCAUUUAAAAUGAGAUAUUCACAUUUGAUAUUUUGCCAUCUGUCUUCACGUUGGAUGCCCAGUGGCAUUCAGGAGGUUCUUGGCAUAACUAGGAAACAGCAUUAGCCAUCUUGAACCUAUUGUGCUCAGGAAGGAAAGCAACAGGGAAAUCUUGGAAGUAAAGGCUCCCUGCAAAGCAUCACAAAUGCUCUUACAAUGUGUGAUUAAAGGACUGCUGGUUUUCAUAGUGAGUAUCCCCUGAAGUCUCAGCUGCCAAAAGAAUAAUAUUAGUGGAGGUUCCAUCACAGGAAUAACAAUUUCCUUCUUACUUCACAAGCUCCUCUGAUCUUGCCAAUGUGAUGUUUAAUUCAAAACAGCACACUUAACAGCCUUUAUUUUAUACUAAUUUAGAUAUUCACAUGGGGACUGAAAGUAGACUCAGUGGAGUUUUUUGUUUUUUAUACUUUUAACAAUUGUACUUUUUCUGUCACUUUAAAAAAUCUAGUCAGGUAAUUAUAGUACAGUUAUUUUUAAGCUGGGGUUAGUUGAACUUGUAUAGCAUUUAAUAUACUCCUUUUAAAUAUAUUUCUGCCAGGCAUGGUGGCUCAUGCCUAUAAUCCCAGCACGUUGAGAGGCCAAGGUGGGAGGAUCAUUUGAGCUCAGGAUAUCGAGACCAGCCUGCGCUACAGAAAAUCCAAAAAAUGAGGUGGGAGGAUCACUUGAGCCCAGGAAGUCAAGGCUGCAGUGAGCCUUGAUAGUGCCACUGCACUCCUGCCUGGAUGACAAAGCGAGACCCAGACUCAGAUCAAUGAAUGAAUUAAUAAAUAAAUAAACAAAUAAAUUUCCCAUAAAUUACCAAAUGAGAUCAUCACUGGUUCAAAUUAUUAAAUAAUUGCCAUAAAUUUCCUAUUAUGGGAAAGUGUAAUUUGGACAUACAUUUUAACAAUAAGUACAUUGAUUAAUACAUUUAAGUUUAUAAGUAAUUAUUGAGGAUCCAGUAUUUUCAAAACCUUGGCCUAGAUUCUUUUCAAUUCAAAGAUGAGUUGCAAAAGACAAUGUUUUGCCUAUAGAAGUAAAUCAUCUAGAAGAAAAAGAUUCAAGAAUUAGUUAAGCUUUUUUUUUUUUUUAAGACAGAGUUUCACUCUUGUUGCCCAGGCUACAGUUCAAUGGCUCGAUCUUGGCUCACCACAACCUCUGCAUUCUCCUGCCUCAGCCUCCCAAGUAGCUAGGAUUAUAGGCACUUGCCACCAUGCCUGGCUAAUUUUGUUUGUAAUUUUAGUAGAGAUGGGGUUUCUCCAUGUUGGCCAGGCUGGUCUUGAACUCCUGACCCUCAGGUGAUCUACCUGCCUCGGCCUCCCACAGUGCUGAGAUUACAGGCGUAAGCCACCUCACCUGGCCAAGUUCUUUAUGGAAUACUACAGUGUGUUGUCACAGGAUUUGUUAUUCAGAUGUCAAUCAUUUUUAUUGAUAUAUUUCUGGGUAAAACUUAUUAGUGGUGUGAGGAGUGCAGAAUAUGGAAACUUACCUAAAUUCUUUUUCUGCCAGCCAACAUUUUAAAAGACAAAUGAUGCAUCCUUUCUCAAUGCUGCUAAUUCUUUAACUUUUACAUGUCCCAAUUUAUUCCAUUUGAGAUUUAUUUUAAUGUUUUCAACCCCUGUACAACAUGUAUCAUGAGGAGAAAGCACUAUCGUUGAUCAUCACUAUGGAUUAAAAUAUAGGAGUAUUUUACAGAGCAGUGUGGGUGGGGGUGGGAGACAUAUUGGAAUCGUGUUUUCUGGGAUAAAAUUUUUAAAAAGAAUUAAUCAUUAGCCCUGAGUAUUUUAGUCAUUUGUGCCUAUAGAUAACAACAUGCUCUUUUAUUCUGGACUUUCUUCUUUUAAUUGAGGUUUAAUUUAUAUACAAUACAAUAACAGAUUUUUAAGUAUUCAUUUGAGAUGUUUUGACAACUGUAUAUACACAUGCAACCAUCACUGAAAUCAGAUAUAGAAUAUUCCCAUUAAAUAUUGUCAGGUAAACACAUUGAGCAUAUUUUUUCCAGUCUGUGGCUUACCUACUUAUUUUCAUAAUGAAUGUUUUAAUUGUGAUGAAGAUUUAAUUUACCCUUUUACUUUAAUGAUUAAUAUUUUCUGUGUCCUUUCUAAUAAAUUUUACCAACUCUGAGGUUA